UACAUCCGGUUCCGGCUACCCGCCAUUUUGAUGAAACAGCGAGGAGAGAGCAGCAGUUUGGACCUCGGGAUGGAUUUUACGGAUAUAAAUUGAAGAUUAAAUAUGGGAUACACAACUUUCAACUUUGUCGUGGUUGGAAAAUAGCCGUGUCCUGAAGAGGAACCUUUGCGUCCGGACCGCCUAAACCGGUGGAUUGGUUAGAUUAAUCUAAGUAACGAUGGCAACAUUGUUAGCAUAGUUAGCUUCUGUUAGCAUGUGGUGUUUUCAUAUUGAGCUAACGUUAGCUAAUCUCGAGGUGUAGCAUGUUAGCCUUGACAUUAGCUAACUAGCUAAUUCAGCAUUUAAUUACUAGAUUUCAGAAUAGUAUCUUAACAUUUGUGGACUCGUUGCGGAAGCCAGUUUUGUGGACUCUUGUGGAGCUUGGUAGGGUAAGAACUUGACCCAAAGAAGGCUUAACAUUGACGGACUGUUGCUGUGGAAACCCAGCCCCGCUGUUAGCCGCCGCACUACCACCCCGCGGCUUGUUGUAGCGCAGCAGCAGCGGCCACGGGCUUUCCAUUUCCACCCAAACAAAGACAAUUCACGACGGACUUGUCCUCAUUCACAUCUUACUUAUACUUUGUGCUGCCUGCAUGGACUGUCUUGGAUUUGGUGGCACACUCCUGUUGUGUUUUCUGGGACUGUAAAGAACUGAGGAGGAGGCACACUGGCCUCUCAGGAGGAGGCACACUGGCCUCUCAUCAUCUCGCUUAUUUUUCUUUGGCAAUAACACAAAGGACUCUUUCGUCAUCUUUGCGAGCUGAACCCUAACCCCCCUUUACACCCUCCAACUCCACCUCCUUUUGUCUACAAUAUAUAUAAAGACCUUAUUAAAAGUCACCAGAUUUAGUUGUGUUCAGUGUUGACGCUGUUUUUAUUUUGUUAUCAUAUACCAGAGCCUGUGUUUUUUCCCCCUUUGUGCUUGAUUAAGUGCUUAGUACCUGUUCAAAAAUGUCGUGUGUUCACUAUAAAUUCUCUUCCAAACUGGACUACAACACAGUCACUUUCGAUGGGCUGCAUAUCACCCUCAACGAGCUUAAAAGGCAGAUUAUGGGCCGAGAGCGCCUCAAGGCCACAGACUGCGACCUGCAGAUCACCAAUGCGCAGACUCGAGAAGAGUACACAGAUGACGAAGUCCACAUCCCGAAACACUCGUCCGUGAUCGUCCGCCGCACUCCGCUUGGUGGAGUAAAGCCUGCUGGCAGGACGUUCAUUGUAGAUCGUUCUGACACAGCUGUGGUGGGAUCUUCUAGACCCACUGACUCUUCUCCAUCUAUGUCACUCGCCCAACUCGCCAAGACUGCUAACCUGGUUGACGCUAAUGCAUCAGAGGAAGACAAGAUUAAAGCCAUGAUGUCUCAGUCCAAUCAUGAAUAUGACCCCAUACAUUACUCCAAGAAGGCAGUUGGACCGCCACCUGCUCACUACACCUGCUUUCGUUGUGGAAAGGCUGGUCACUACAUUCGGCAAUGCCCCUUGCUGAUGGUCCAGGAUAAGAGUGUGGAGGGUCCCAAGCCAGUAAGGAUUAGCAAGGGUAUCCCUCAGAGCUUCAUGGUGAAAGCAGAGCCGGGCACCAAGGGAGCCAUGUUAACCAGCACUGGAGAAUAUGCUAUACCUGCUAUAGAUGCGGAGGCAUAUGCACAGGGGAAGAAGGAACGCCCUCCGUUUGUUCCACACGACCAGUCAUCAUCUGAGGACGAUGCAGACCCAAUCCCUGAUGAACUCCUGUGUCCAAUCUGCAACGACCUGAUGACGGACGCCGUAGUCAUACCCUGCUGUGGAAACAGUUACUGCGAUGAGUGUAUCAGGACGGCCUUGUUGGACUCCGAGGAGCACACCUGCUUCACAUGCAAACAGUCGGAUGUUUCACCUGAUAAUCUUAUUGCCAACAAGUUUCUUCGACAGGCUGUGAACAACUUCAAGAAUGAGACAGGAUACACCAAACAUGUGCGCAAGCCGGUCCAAAAUGCAGCCCCGCCUCCACCGCGUCCUCAGUUGGUCAGGCCCCUGCACUCAAGACAGCAGGACCCACUGAUGGCCAAUAUCACUCAGCCUCCUCCUCCAAGCGCACCCUCCACUGCCCCUCCAGUACAGGUCCCGCCCCCUGCUUCUGCACCAACACCUACUCCUGCUCCUGCUCCUGUUGCUCCCUCUGCUCCUACCCCUCCUCAUGCUGCUGCUGUUGAAGAACAAGCUGAUUCACCAGCCCCUGCACCUGUGGUGGACCACCAGUCUCCUAUGCACUCCAGCAGCCACAAUGAACCACCCCCACCGGGUGAGACCGAUCCAGAAUCUACUGUGACACCAGACUCAUCAGGACCCUCAGAGAGCGCAUCACAUAACUACCAUUUAACUGUUAUUAACCACCCGCCACCUAUAAGGCCGCCUCAUCCACCAGGACCCCCGCCACGGCAACACCACCCUCACAGAGGGGGAGGCAGACCCUGGGAGAGGUUUUACAGAGGUAGAGGAGAUCACCCCCCACCUCACCUCCAGACAGCUCCACCUCCAGCACCUAUUCCUCCAGUGUACCCAGCUCCGUCCAUGUACCCGCCGCCGCCACCACAGCCCUACCCCCCGCCGUACACUUCUGGUCCUGGCCUUCUCCCUCCUGUCAUGGGUUACCCACCCCAGCCUGUUUAUGCACCCGGACCACCAGGACUCAACCCUCCCUGGAUUCCCCCUGGUUCCCAGCCCCCUCUUCUCCCUCUACCCCCCCUCGGUCAGCCCCCACUCUCUAAAGAAGAUUUCUACAGACAGCGGCACCACCGACAGGACACAGUUACAUCCAAACUGGAUGAAUUUACUAAAGACUUCCACAAAGAGCUUAUGAAGUACAGAAAUGCACCAAAGAGACGAAGACCUUCUUACUCAAGAUCACGGUCAUACAGUCGCUCUCCAUUCAGCCGUUCUCCUUACUCUCGCUCUAGAUCCAGAUCCAGAUCCAGGUCAUACUCUUAUUCCCCCAGUCGAUCUCGUUCACGCUCCCAUGGCCGGUCUUAUCCCCGCUCCCCAUAUACUAGACGCAAUGGACGCAGUUAUGGACGCUCACGGUCGAGGUCACGCUCCCGUUCAAGGUCUUAUGGGUAUCGACGCUCUGGCUCACCACGGUCUCCUCCCCCCUACCGGCCAGGAGGCUGGGAGGGAGCAGAAGGAGCGGGACCCUACAGGUCUAGGUCUCGCUCCCCUGGCCCUGGCCCUGGCCCCGGUCCUGGCCCCGGAUCUGGCCCUGGCCCUGGCCCUGGCCCUGGUGGCUUCCGGACCCGCAGCCCCGGUCCACGAAAGCCUCCUCCUCGGGAGCUCCCACCGUAUGAACUGAAGGGUCCAAGUCCUGGAGGCAACGAACGCUGGGAAAGAGAAAGGUACAGACAGUGGGAGAAGGAGUACGCAGACUGGUACAACAAGUACUACAAAGACUAUGACAACCAACAUCCCCCACUGCAUCACAGAGGUCGUGGCAGCAGAGACAGGGAGAGGGACAGAAUGUCCCCAUUAUCUAGAGAUUACUCCCCCCAGGGGAGAGGAAGAAGAGGGAGAGAAGAGAGAGGGGCUCCCCCUCACCAUCCUCCAUCCUCUUCCUCAUCAGGGACCAAGUCCAGCAGUAAAGUCCUGAAGACAAAGAAAGUAAAAAAGAAGAGGACUGGGGACGAAUCAGAGCCAUCACAUCAGUCAGUAGACCGAGGGGAUGCUACUCCUGUCAGAGACGAACCUAUGGACGAAAUCCCUUCACUCACAAAAACGUCCCCUGUGUCCUCAAAGGCUUCAGCUGGAGGCGCAACCUCUAAAGCUCCGGCCUCUAAAAGCACUGCUGCACCCGCUAAACCCUCAACCAAGUCAACAUCGAAGACUCAGUCUGAUAAGACUAAGAAAGAGAAGGCUCAAAAGGUAAAAGCUAAAGUUAAGACAGAGGGCGUGAAGGCAAAGAGUGACAAAGUGAAGAAAAAGACUGGAGAAGGAGUGGUGACCAAAAAGAGAGACUCUUCAUCCUCCUCCUCCUCUGCCACAAAACCGUUGAAGACCAUUAAAACCAAACCAGAAGACGCCCCCAACUCAACGACCCCUAGAAAGGAUAAGGGUAAAAGCUCUGCAGUGAGGCCUGCCCUGCUUAAGACCCCUCCACUGUCCUCUCAGACCCUGCCUCUACAUCAUCCCUCUCUUCAUGACGGCCCUCGACCCAGCCACGACAUGCGCGGGAGAAGAGAUCUCCCACAGAGCGGUGGUCUCCUCCCUCUCCCCCAUCCACACGGACUCCCAUUACUCCACCGACCUCCCUCCCCUGAGAGUCGGAGGAGGAUGGGAGAGGAGGGCCGCUCUUUGCUCGGACCUCCCCCUGGAAAGCUGAGGAGAAUAGAUGGGCUCGGGGGCGGAGGUGAUGUCAUGUCUCACUCUCACAUGUCUCAUCAGCCCCCGCUCCACAGACUCCCACCCCCCUCAGACAGGCCUGGUCUUCUCCCGAUACCGGGGAGCCGUGAGAUGGGCCGGGGAGAAACCGAUCGAGGCUUCAUCAGACCUCUCAUGGACUUUCAGGUGAAGCCCCUGACCCAGAGGAGGAUCAAGUUGAACAGAGACCUGGGGAGAAAAGGCAGCACUGAGACAGCAGCCUCAGACAGAGCACCGUCGGGUCCUGAGAAGACGACGACCUCCACGUCCGACCGAUCAGCUGCUGCGAACGCCUCUGAAGGAGACCGGCCCAGCAGCAGCAGCAGCACAGCAGAAGGUGCUGGAAGAAAGGAGCGGUCAGCAUCUACUGAGAAGGGAGUCUCCAGAGAGAGACCAGGAAGUGCUGGAGAGAGACUGCAGGGCUCAGACAGAGAGCAGAGCCGAAGCUCAGGACAGGACAGAGAGCAGAGCCGAAGCUCAGGACAGGACAGAGAGCGAGACAGAGCUUCAGGAUCAGAUCGAGACAGGGAGAGAGACAGAGAGAGAGACAGGGAGAGAGACAGAGAGAGAGAGAGAGACAGAGGCACGGCGCCUGACAGAGAGAAGGACAGGGUCUCGGGCUCACAGAAGAUAGCCGUUACAGUGGAGAGAGACGCCGAAGGAGAGAGGUCGGUGAGGACAGAGCGAAAGAGCUCCAGUUCAGGAGGAAGGUCUGUCUCUCUGGAUAAAAUGACCAUCGCAGAGAAAACAGCCGUCUCAAAGAGCUUGACAGACACUCAGGAGAAGCCGAGCACAUCCUCUAAGGAGAAAGGCGAAGGGUCAGAACGAUCAGCUAAAUCUGACAGGAGUGUGUCCAAGGACAGAACGGAGAGGAGUGUCCCCUCCGGAGAGAAACCAGCUGCUGCUCACAGAGAAGCAGUGAAAGAUGGUGAGCAGCCUGUUGUGAAGACCAAACCCAGGAUCAGCCGAAAGGCUCUGGUGAGCCAUACCGUUAGCGCCACUAGCACUAGGUCAACUCAAGAAACAAAGCGAGACUCCGACAAAGAUCAGAAGAGUGUAUCCACCAAACCUGCAGAGCAGCCCCCAUCGAGCCCCGUGAACAGCCGUGACCGCAGCCCGAGCGUCAGCCCGGCACACAGCCCGGCCAGGGAGGAGCCGCCGCUCAUUCAGGCUCCUCCUCGCUCCAAGUGGGAGAGAGAGGAUGAUGAAGAAGGCCAGGAAAACGGACUUAGUGCACCCAAGGAGCCCUCACCGGUGGCACAGAGGGCCCGAGGCAGAGAGGGGCAGACUGAAGCACCUAAACCUGUCAAGGCUGAAGGCCACAAGGAGGCUACAAGGGAGGAGAAGAGAGGAGGAGUAGUGAGGGAAGAGAAGAAAGGGAGAGCAGCGAGGGAAGAGGGUAAAGGUGGCAGGACGGCACAGACAAUUUCUGAUAAACCAACCAAAAUAAAACUUGUGAGGGACGAGGGGAGAGGAGGAGGAGGACGAGAGGAAGGGAGAGCUGCAGCAAGAGAGGAGGGGAGAGGUGGAGGAAGAGAUGAGGGGCGAGGAGCGACGGGGAAGGAGGAGAGAGCUGCAGAAGGCCGAGGUGGAGGAGGACGAGAGGAGGGUCGUGGCCCAGAGCCCAGGAGACAGCGGUUGUGUUCUGACCUGGGCCGCGAGACAGACGAGGCGGCCUUUGUGCCCGACUACAGCGAAGGCGAAGGCUCGGAGACGGAAAGAGGAAGGAGCGGCAGCGCCAGUCAGUCCGCCAGCCAACCCUCCAGCCCAUCCCAGAGCAACCACAGCGGCUCGGCAGCCACCACCACCACGGGAGACAAGAAGAAGAAGAAACACAAGAAGCAUAAAAAACACAAGAAGCACAAGAAGCACGCCAACCAGGACAAAGAGGGAGAACAAAAGGAGCACAAGCACAAACACAAGAAAAAGAAACACAAAAAGAGCAAAGACAAAGAUGUGAAGGAAGAGGAGGAGAAGACGGAGAAAGCAAAGGAAGAGGAGGAAGGGGUUCCAUGCUAACGAGGCUUUGUUAAUAAGGAGAUAAUGAUGUAUCUAGAAAUAUCGGCUAACACUGGCAUGCUGCUCCCAUGUGCCACUCUGAGGGAAUGGAUGAAACAAGUCUUUGACUGUCCAUGAUGCUGUAGGGCUGUUAUUCACUUAAUGCCACUGCAGGUCUCCAAACUUGCUUACGGUACUUUGCUGUGCCUGGAUUGCAGCAGUAUGACUGCUGCUGAGGCUUCUUUAAUGUUCAAUGUGAGCCUUCUUCUUUGUGACUUUGGGUCAGGAGAAACUCGGGAGCGAUGCUGUGCUGCACUAUUGUGAUCGACAGAGCCGGCCAGAAAGGACUUGAUGAUAAUAGCUGGUCACACAGCAGUGAAUCUAGAUGAUAGGAAUAACAAACACUGUACUCAGGGAUGUGAUUGCUUCUUUGUAGAGGAGGAAUUGCUGUUUCUCUGCCUCUGAUUCAUUUGUAAAUAGUGAUAAACUGUUGCUUCACAUAAUAAUUUUCCUUCAGUUUGUUUUGCUCACAUCCCUGUGUGCUGUUCAAGGCUCAAAUGCUGAAUAACCUUCAUUGCUAUGGGGGCCGUUGUAAGCUCUUUUUUUAAGGACUGUUCUAGUGGUUUUGCAUGUUUUAGCACAGUACGUACAAAUCAUUUAUACUUUCCGUUACUGCUAACCAUUUUCAUCGUUGAUUAUCUAAUUUUCAGGCAGCAAUUGGUUUCAGUAAUGCCAUUUGUUUUGCAAGGAUAAAUCGGUGCAAGUUGAUUUUCUUAAAUCCAGUAUUUGGAAAUGGUUAGCAUUAUUUGUGAUGUGCUAAAAUCGGCACAAUCACCAGUGUGGUCCUUUUAAGUUAAAACAAACCUUUAUGCAUCCAUGCUACACUGGAUUGUAUAAAUCUAGGAUGUGUUUAUUAAUGUCAAAUCAGUCGGCAUGUUUUUGUUCCAAAGGUGCAGUAGGUGUCUAUCACGUUGUCUGAGUGACUGAAUAUGUGUGUUGGUGUGAAAGUGAAAUGUGACAGAUUGGAGGACUGGUGUUCUUACAAAUUAGUUGUUCUUUUUUUUUUUUUUUAAUUAAAAAUGUUUUGACCUCA